AUGAGGGAAAACCCUAGCCCUAAUUACUCUUAUAUGAGUUCUCAGAGUCCUCAGAACCAGGCUCAGUCCCAGCGGUUCCCUCAAUUGGUAAGGCAGUUACCUACCCAAAACCAAUCUGAAGGUAUUUCCCCUGGAUUCCAAACCCCUGAAAUCAAAAGUCAACAAUCUUUCGAUCAUAUUCCCAACUUGAAGCGCGAGUAUGGAUCUCAAUCCUCCAAUUUCUCCACUAUUCCCGAGCCUAGCGAGUUCAAGAACCAAUUCAACGACAGGCCUGUGAAGAUCAAUUCUGAGCACGUAGACUCAAUUCUCGAUCAGAAUUUUUCUAUUUUAACCACUAUUAAUGAUUCUGAUUCACUCGACGAUUCUGAAGUCAUGUCGUUAGUUCUCAACUAUUCUUACUUUUUAGUGAAUAUUACAAGACUACAUCAAAAUUUAAUUUUUCUGGCACGAAUUUCUGAUCAACAAAACUAA